AUGGAGCCAGUGCUCUGCUAUGAGUCCAGAAACGGUUCAUGUCUGAGGACCAUCUAUCCCUUGUCCAUACGCAUCACCCUCUACAUGAUUCUAGGGGUCACAGUCAUUCUAACAGUGUGUGGAAACCUUUUAGUCACUGUCUCAAUUGCCUAUUUUAAGCAGCUCCAUACUCCAACAAAUUACUUGAUUGCCUCUCUUGCUAUGUCCGACUUUCUUUUAGGGUUGUUAGUCAUGUUUCCCAGUAUGAUCAAAUGUAUAGAGUCUUGCUGGUAUUUUGGUGACAUCUUUUGUAAAGUCUAUAUGAGUUCUGAUGUCAUGUUGUGUACAGCUUCAAUCCUAAAUCUGUCAUUCAUAUCACUUGACCGUCACUUUGCUGUUUGCCAACCUCUACUAUACAAAAGAAAAAUAUCUGUUAAUGUUGUGUUGAUCAUGAUUCUGCUCAGUUGGAGCAUUUCAGCUCUCAUAGGCUUUGGAAUGAUUUUUCUCAAGUUAAAUCUUUGGGGGAUUGAGGAGUUCUACUAUAACCACAUUGUGUGUGAAGGAGGAUGUGUUUUGUUUCAGAGUAGACUGUCAAGUACAGUCUCAUCAGUACUUUCCUUUUACAUUCCAGGAAUAAUAAUGCUUGGUGUUUACCUUAAGAUUUUCCUAGUGGCACAGAGACAGUUGCACAGCAUACAAAACACAAGCUGUCUGAAAUCAGCAAGAAUUUCAAAUAAGAGUCAGACAAAAGCCACUAAAACACUUGCUAUUAUAAUGGGGGCAUUCCUUUCUUUUUGGACUCCUUUUUUUGUCUGUAACAUCAUUGAUCCCUUUAUCAGUUACUCAACACCACCAGUGUUGUUCGAAACACUUGUAUGGGUGGGCUACUUGAAUUCUACUGUGAACCCUUUAAUAUAUGCAUUCUUUUAUAGUUGGUUCAGAAAGGCAUUUCAAUUAUUCACUUCAGUUAAUAUCUUUAAAUCUGACAUUUCAGAGACAACGCUUUUCACAGAAUGA